AUGGCUACCUUUGCCGAAGAGGACUAUACCAUUGAGAGACCAUUGGUCGCGUCGACAGGUUUGCGGCAAGGACUCACAUCCUAUGGAGAUGUCCACUUCUCUCUGUUUUUGAGGAAGGUAUUCAUCAAAGCCCUUGGUUAUAGUGAAGAUGCUCUGUCCAGACCCAUCAUUGGGAUCAUCAACACAUAUUCAAGCUUUAACCCAUGUCAUGCGAAAAUGCCACAGCUCAAUGAAACAGCCAAUCGGGGUGUUCAAUUGAAUGGCGGGCUCGCCAUCGAUUUCCCCACCAUCAGCAUCCAUGAAUCGUUUUCUUACCCAACAAGCAUGUUCCUGAGGAAUCUCAUGAGUAUGGACACCGAGGAAAUGAUCAAAGCCCAGCCCGUUAAUGCUUGCAUCAUGAUAGGUGGAGGUUUGUCCGCAAACAAAACUAUACUGCUUUUGGUUACUGGUCCAAUGAUGGCAGGGAGCUAUAAGGGGAAACGGAUCGGAGCCUGUACAGAUUGUCGGAAUAACUGGACUGCGUUCCGCGCUGGAAGUCUAGACGUAGAAGAUAUUGCAUCCCUUAACGAAGAGCUAGCACCCACAGCUGGAAUAUACGGAGUAAUGGGAACUGCUAGCACUAUGGCAUGCAUUACGGCAGCAUUAGGACUGAUGCCUCUCCGUGGUGCAUCUGCGCCUGCUGUAUUAUCCGCAAGACUCCGAAUUGUGGAAGAGACAGGCGCGAAUGCUGUAGCUGCAGCGGGAGUUAAACGGUCCUCUCAAUCUAUUUUGACCAAAGAGUCGUUUUAUAACGCUAUAACGGUGCUCCAGGCAAUUGGAGGAUCGACCAAUGCUGUGGUGCACUUGAUGGCGAUCGUCAACCGUCAUCCCGAUCUCUGUGGAAGCGGUGAUAUAACAUUGCAAACCUUUGACGAUAUCGGGCGAAAGGUUCCUUUGCUCAUAGAUUUGAAGCCCAGUGGCGAUAAUUAUAUGACAGACUUCCAUAAUGCAGGGGGUAUGCUUGCCUUACUGCACACCCUCAGACCGUUGCUUCGCCUUUCAGCGAUGGCAAUCAGCGGUGUCACUCUCGGUGAGGUCUUAGAUAAGACCCCUUUCCGAACAUUCCCAUACUCGCAAGAUAUCAUUCGACCAUUGUCCAACCCUUUGUACCCUGCGUCGUCAUUGGUAGUUUUGAAAGGAAAUCUCGCACCUGAGGGCGCCAUCAUCACAGCCUCUGCAUCGAAAGAUCGACGUCUGCUGUGCCACACCGGGCCCGCUGUUGUGUUCAAAAACAGUGCCGAUCUGGCACUUCGAAUCGAUGACCCUGAUCUCAACGUGACCCAAGAUUCAGUUCUUGUUUUGCAGGCGAUCGGCCCCAUUGGAAACCCAGGUAUGCCUGAAGCUGGAAUGAUCCCGCUGCCUCGGAAGCUUGCCGCCGCGGGUGUCACAGACAUGCUGAGAAUUUCCGAUGGGAGAAUGUCUGGCACAGCUGGUGGCAGAAUUGUGCUCCACGUCUCAUCAGAGGCAAUUUUGCCAACAUCUGCCCUGGGAAUAGUGAGAGACGGUGAUAUCAUCACCUGUGAUGCUGAAAAGAGGGUGCUGCACUUGAAUCUUGGCCAGCAAGAGAUCGAUGAGCGCCUUGCUGAGAGAGCUUUGAGCAGUGAGCAGUCCGCUCGCACGGAUGAUAUCCAAACCAAGAGGGGAUAUACUGGUUUGUAUCAACGGUCGGUCAACCAGGCCCAGGAAGGGGCUGAUUUCGAUUUUCUCACCGCGGCCGGGCCAAAGAGAAGGUGA